AUGAGUUUUCUGGCUGCAGGGAGACUCGCGGGAAAAGAAGCUGCCUACUUUUUCCAGGAAUCCAAACACGCCGUUAAUCGCAUCGCCGAGAAAUCUCCGCCCACCGGCAAAAAGCUUCCAACUUCUCCGGCGGAUCAACCGGAGAUUCAACCCGAUGUUCUUCCGGAGAUCCUACGCCAUUCUCUUCCGUCUAAAAUCUAUGGUCCUCCUCCUGACCCUUCGUCCCUCUCCCAAUUCUCCAAAUGGUCUCUUCCAUCCGACCCAAACGCAGCCGUUUCUAUCUCCCCUGACGUCUUGAAUCCGCUCAGAGGUUAUGUCUCUCUGCCUCAAGUCACCUUCGGCCGCAGAAGAUGGGACAUACCGGAAUCUGAGAAUUCGAUUUUGGCGUCAACGGCUAAUGAAUUGAGGAGAGACAAAUACGGCACUCCUGUGAAUCCUGAACAACUGAAAGCUGCUGGUGAAGGGCUUCAACACAUUGGAAAAGCAUUUGCAGCCGCUACUGUGAUCAUCUUCGGCUCAGCCACUUUGGUUUUUGGAACGGCAGCUUCGAAACUUGACAUGCAUAAUGCGGAUGAUAUAAGAACGAAAGGCAAAGAUCUAUUCCAGCCGAAACUGGAGUCGAUGAAGGAACAACUAGAGCCACUAAGAACUUGGGCGGAAACAAUGUCAAAGAAGUGGCAUAUUGAGAAUGACGGUGGUAGUAUCAAGGAGAAACCAAUCUUGAAGGAGCUUUCGAAAAUUCUGGGACCCAAAUCCUAA